GUUAGCUGCCGCUAUUAUCAAGAUUUUCAAAUAGCAAAAAACAGAUAGUUUAAAUUUAUACUCCUUGGUAGUGUUUUGGACAAAUUUAGCUCAAGAUAAAAAGGAAAUUUGAUGGAAUUCAAGCUAGCGUCAGAUGAAUGUUGCGGCGUCCCAAGCCAACUGACUCAGAGGCAGACCUCCUGAGAGAGCAGGAGCAUUUUCUCACUUCAGGCGCUCCCUCCGCCGCCAGUGUUGUCCGCCGCCCUGACAAGAGGAGAGGAGAAGCUGGAGAGGGAGAAGGGCUGAGUGGGGAGAAUGAAGGGAGCCAGAGGGAUGUGGUCACCAUUGAAGAUCUUCCAGAUCAGCUCCCUUCUCUGACCCCAGCCCCUCCUAAGAAGUCUCGCUUUAAAGCGAGUCGUGUCACCUUUGAGGAUGAGGAUGCCGGGGAAAGGCUGGACAGACACGACACUCACAUCAGUGCUGUUCUCUCCAGAAUUGUUGAGAGAGAUACCAGCUCCACUCCAAUAUCUCUACCAGCAUUUACAGGCAUGGCUUUCCCCAAAGUACUGCAUCGCUCAGAAACCAGCAAUCAGGCACCUCUGUCAUCAGCUGGAGGAAAGAAGAGCAUCUUUGCUCGUCAGAUUGCUGCCCAGAGACUAAAAGAGUGCAAGACAACGUUACAUAGUUCACCUGAAGCUGCUCCAACCCCAGAAACUAGUAUGGAUACAGAUCAGUGUGAUGCUGCAGUAGAACCAGCAGCAGUUUCUGGUCCCAGGUUGGUGUCCGGACAGGGGCUUCAGGGUCCCCAUAGCUCAGGAGAGACCAUGAGGAUCCACGUGGAAAACCAGGCCAAGCUCCAAGCCAUGUCCCAGUCUGAGAUACUCGAGGAGCAGAAGAAGCUCUUGUCUCAGCUCGAUCCUAGACUGGUGGACUUUGUUAGAUCUCGCAAAGCACAGAGCGUCCCAUCCUUUCCCUCCCCAUCCAAACACCCCAAGGACAAAAGUGGCACAGAAGAUCCUACAGUUCAGGAUGUGAGCAGAGAGUCAGGCUCCUGCAGUGCUGCAGUGUUGUGUCAGAAACCCCAAGAGGUGGAGAUGGAAGGAGAGGAGGAGCUGUCAGCGCCACCGCCUGCUGUGACGGAGGAGGAUCUGCCAGUGAAGCCUCAGAAGGAAUGGGUCCACAUGGAUAAGCUGGAGCCGGAGAAGUUGGAGUGGUUGAGAGACUUGCCUGAACCCAGAAGGAAAGGAACCAAGAAGGCCAUGCAGGCUCGUUUUGACUUCGCGGGGACUUUAAUUCCACCCACUGAGGAUCUGCCAACACACCUGGGCCUCCACCACCAUGGAGAUGAGCCUGAGCGGGCAGGUUAUUCCCUGCAGGAACUCUUCCUGCUGUCUCGGAGUCAGGUCAUCCAGCAGAGGACGCUGUCGCUCAGCACUCUGGCGAACAUCCUGUCAAAGGCGCGUGCUGGAGAAUACGUGUCAGUUCUGAAAGGCAGCGUGACAUCUACUCUGCUCGACGCCGGCCUGCUCUUUCUGCUCCGCUUUGCAUUGGACGAUAGCGUGGAGGGAGUGAUGUCUGCAGCUGUGCACGCUCUUAAAGCACUGCUUGUGUGUGCAGAAGAUGAAGAGUGUCUAGACUGCACUUUUUCCUGGUUUCGCGGUCUGGCUUCCUUCCCCCUGCUGCCAUCUGCUCAGGAGGAAGAAGAUGAGGAAGAUGAAGGGCUGGAUGAAAGUAUGAAGGAGACGGCCAAGGAGAAAGAAGAGAGGAAGAGCGAUCAUGAAGUGGCCAGACAGGAUGCUGUCAAGGGUUUGUUAAAAAUGAAACUGCUCCCCAGGCUGCGUUACAUUCUCGAGGUGGUCCGGCCGUCACCUCGGGUGGUUCAGGAUGUCCUGGAGAUCCUGACUCGCAUUGCUAGGCAUUCCUCCUCAUCUGCUACACAGGUGUUGGAUUGUCCUCGUCUGAUGGAGACAGUAAUGUCAGAGUUUCUUCCCACUUCCUGGUCACCAUCAUCUCAGUCCAUUUAUGGACUUCCACUUUCCAGCGCAAUGAAGCUUUUAAGAGUUUUGGCUACCUCUGGCAGACAUGCCUGUGCAAGACUGUUAAACUCUCUGGGAGCGAGUGAGCGUUUGUCUCAUCUCCUGAGUGCAGAGCCCAACGAGCUGCUGCUGGAGCCGACAGAGUCCCUCAGGAUCACCACAGAGGCCUACAGGCUGUGGGCUGUAGCAGCCGGCUAUGGACAGGCGUGCAAAUUAUACCUGGACCUGUAUCCAGCCUUAGUGACAGCACUGCAGUCUGUCCACAGACUUCCACCCGCCUCAGAUCCCCUGCUUCCUCUGCAGCUCCAGCGGUUUUUGGCUCUGCUUUCUCUGCUCACGCAAGUUACACACACAGCUGGCUGCCAUCAGGAGCUCCAGGCUGGGAUGGUCAGCUCCGGUGGAGAAGAGUGCCCUCCCCCUCCUCCUGUAUCUUGGGGUCAUGUCACAGGAUUGCAGACAUCCUUAAUGGGGCAUUUGAAGGGUUUUAUUAAGAACCUUGAUGAUCCACUUCAGAAAGACGGCAGCCUCACUCUGAUACCAGUUUACCUCGUUUACCUAGAAGCUUACUACCAUCAGCUCUCCAGACAGAACUGUUUCAAGCCCGUGGAGACUCUUCAAGAGCUCGAGCUGCUGACAUCUGAUGUUCUUCUCCCACUGAUGUCUCACAGUGUUGUGCAAGGCCUGAUAAAGAAUCUCAAGUCUUCCUCUGUAGUGUGUAAUGCUCAGGCUAUAACUCUGGGCCCAGAAAUCACUAAUAACCUCCCUGGAUUGGCGUGCACGGGAUGGAGGAAUCGUCCGGGGCUGGUUGCUCCCAGCUCCCCUUUCCCUCUUCUGACUGGACUGGGGCUCCUAUUGGAGACGAUCACAGGGAUCCAUAAAGGCCUCAGCAGCAAGUUCACCGGACUGCUUCUGUCGGAGCCUGUGACUGGUUACCUGCGCAGCUGCAGUCAGGCUACACCCAGCCUGUCUCACACCAAGGCUUGGCUUCUACGCCACGAACACCACCUCCUCUACCUGCUGCUGCGACUGGCUCACAGACUGGUUCCCCUCGACUUAGAAGUAGCAAAACAUGCCUCACUUUACCACCAGGUGGCGCUGGUUGUACUGCCUUGGUUAUUGCCAGGCAGUGAAUACCUGGCACAUGAACUGCUCUCCACCAUUGUCUUCAGCAAGGACUUUAUAUCAGAAGGACACAGUGGAGGACCUGAGGCUGUGGAGCUGGGGGAGCUGAAGCUUCAUGAGGAAACACAAAAGGACACCUCUCCCUCUCUCCAGACUGUCGGGACUCUCCUGAGAGAAGCCUGUGUCCAGCUGCCAUCCAUACGAGGUUGCUUCCUCACUCACCUGGCCCACCUGGAGUCGUCUGUAAUAGUGUCCCGAGAUGCUCUCCUGGGCCACAACCCCUGGAUCAAAAGUCAUCUCUUGCCAGAGCUCACCGGUCCCAUCCUGCCAUCUGAUUGGCCUUUCCUUCCACUUGUCAGCCUGUAUGAGCAAGCGGGGGUGUCUGAUGGUGGAGGGCUGGCAGUGGAGGAGCUUCCUCAGGGGGCUCUGCAGGCUGUGACUCACUGUCUGCAGUGGCUGCUGCUGCUGGAGGUCUGGAGGGAGGAAGCGCUAAAGGUGGUCCUCCCUGUCGCCAAGUUCGCCCGCCUGUCCUGUGUGUUCCUCUGUUCCAGUGACUUGUUCCUAGAGAGACCCGUUCAGAGGCUGACCUGGGGUCUGUUCAGACUGCUCACCAGGAGCACCAAGCUGGACUCUUUGGACCUGAACAUCCCUCCUCCAGGUCUGGCCUCAUUCCAGGACUUGUAUUUAGCCCUUGUGUCCCAGUAUGAAGCUGUGUCUUUUGGAGACCGGCUGUUUGGUUGCUGGGUCCUCUUGCCCCUGCAGAGAAGGUACAGCACCACCAUGAGGCUGGCGGUGUUUGGCGAGCACGUGGGGAUGCUGAGGUCUCUGGGGGUCACUCUAGAACAGCUGUCCAUUCCUAUCGAGAGGUUCACCUCCCCGCCUGAAGAUUCCCUCCCUCUCCUCCGCCUCUACUUUCGCUCUUUGGUAACAGGGACUCUGAAGUGCUCCUGGUGUCCUGUCUUAUAUGUGGCUGCCUUGUCUCACGUGAACUCCUUCAUCUUCUCUCAGGAUGCUGCUGCACAGGAGGUUGAAACAGCUCGACACAGUAUGUUGAGGAAGAUCUACUACCUGACUGACGAGGUGUUGAGGAGUCACUUGCUGCUCUUCCGUCUGCCCCAGCAUCACUUACAGCUCGGCUUCGACAUGUACGAACAGUUGCCUCCCAUUAGGGCCAAACGUUUGGAGAGAGUCCUGGGACUGCAGGAGGGCAGCGUUGACAAAGGAGACUGAAAAGAGUAAAAAAGAAAAAUGAAGAAAAAUAACAGGGUUGCAUUCUCAAAGUAGACUAGGCAGAGGUGAGAUGAGGUAUUAUGAAAGCAGAAGGUGCUGCACCACAGCGAGAUUUCAAGGCCUAAUGAUGUCACAUGUAGUUGUUUCCGUGGCCUCUUUUCUUUAAACUAAAGCUGAGGUAGCCUGAUGAGGCUCUCACUGGAAAUUCUCUGAAAAUUAUUACAUUGAGGCCAAAGGUUAAAUAAAAAUGUCAAAUGUUUUCUUCCUGUUUUGUGACUAAUAUGUUUGUAUAGUUGCAAAAAUUGCCACCUUGUGUUCCAGGUUCUUAAAAAAAUAUGCCAGGGCAGUUCUUCCUGCUUCACUAGUGCCUGAAAUGAUCUUCAUUUGUAAAUAAAACAUGACGUUUGAAUAAAAUAUGAUGUGUAACCUUUUAUCCCCAUAAGCCUGAGCUCUGAAAUUUUUACCUUCUUAAUAUUAGUAUGGAUUGAGUUUCACUGUUGACAACAGUUUAAUACAGAAACAGUUUGACAUUGCUGUUUGUGAAACAUGCUGCGUAAAUGAGACAUUCACGGGGAACUGCGACUAAAAUGAAGGUGCAGGAAAUGCCUAAUGUACUUAGUCAUGUGCUCAGACAAGACAAAAGAGGAGUUUUCCUGACUUUGUGGACAAAUCAGGAAAACUGGAUUGUAAGACUGCCUGUGUGUGUCUUCUGCAUUAUAACUUAACCUCUCCACGAAGAUGUUGUCUGUCCUCUCGUGCAUCUUGGAAAUCGUCUGGACUGGAUUCUGUAGUACAGAAGUCAACAGUGAUGAUGUGGAGCAGGUGAACUUGGAAAUUUCUCUGGAGCUUCCUGAGACGAUUUUCCUUUUCAACUGGACUCCAAAUAAGCAUCUGAUAUCAAAGCUGAAGUUGAUCUGUAAUGAAAUCCAAGUCAUAAUAGCCGCAUGCUGUGCAGUGAAGACACACCUCGAAGAAUUCAUGGCUGAGCUAAAAACCUCUUUCCAUGUGAAGAUGAUCUUUGUCAACACAACCACGUUCAACUCUGACAGUUUACGCCACACCAAUGAAACCUCUGGUUGUUUCCUGUGGUGUGCUGGGUGCUGGCAGCUGCUCCUCUGGCUGCUGUUGGUUCUCUGGAGAUCGGGCUUUCUUUGGAGCAUCCUGCAAAAGCUCCAUCAGAUUUGGUGUACCUGGAGCCCACGUCAGCGCCUUGUGCUCUUUGUUGUGUUCUUCGUGCUGUUUCUGAUUACUUUCUGUUGCUUCUUGGGAAAUGCUGUCCUGCUGAGAGAGUGCAGCUGUCAUGGGGGCAUGUGCUGGUGUGCAGCAAUCUUUAGAUGUACAGUAUGUUUCAAAGUAACGUUCACAUGAAUGUAGGAUGGAAAGUUCCACAGCAAUGUCAUUAUUCACUUCAGUUUGUGACUGGCUAUGACCACCAUUAUACAGCCAUCUGUUCAACUAAAACUCCUAAAACAUUAACAAUUGAGUUACUUGCCUUCAUUUACUUUGCAAUGUCUGCUGUGGUAAUUUCUCUCCUGGUCAUGCAAAUGAGUACUUGUGUUGCAAAUGUUCCUGCUGGUGAAGGAGUGUCGUUUCCAUUAUGGUAGCCAUGUUCAUCCUCCAUUUUUUGUCCACCUGGACGCUUACAGUACUUUACCCUAACCUGUUUCAGGGAGCAUAACACAUGUUUAUCUGUUCUGCACUGAACAAAAGUGUUUUUUUUAUACACAUCAAAUUAAUUAAAAAAACAACAAACAGUUCAGAGUAGUCACUGUGACCGUUAGGAUUUUAGUAUCGGAUAUUGAAUUCUAAUAUACACCAUAAGUAAAACACUUAUCUAUUCACACUGUGCUUCUUUGAGACAAGAAAACAGGAAAUUAAAAUGAAUCAAGCCAUAAAACUAAUAUCUCUGUGAUUAAACU